GUGCCUCGCGCCCCUGCCUCCUAUUGGCCUAAUUAGAGGAGGGGGCGUCUCACCCCGUCUUCGGAUUGGCUGUUGAUGGCCGUGGAGACUUUAUCAGGGACUGUGGCUGGAGGUCCCCCAAUCUGCCCUGUGAGGGGCAGUGGCCGGGUGUGUUCUUGGGGUCCCGUUCUCUUGAGAUUCUUUUGCCCCAGGGGGCUUUUUGGGUAUCAGUGUGGCUCCUGGCUUGGUAUGGUGGGAAGUUAGGCCUUUCCCCACUCUCCUGAGGUGGUUGCAUUCAUGAGGGUCCUAGUGUGAGUUAGCAGCAGUUGCUGCACGUGGAACCUGUGGGGUUCACUGUUCUCCCGACAGUGGUCUUGGUGCCAAAAACCCUGUUCCUGUGGUCUUGGGUGUGGUUGUAGCAAGUGGAUGCUUGAUCUUGUGGCUCUCUUGCUCUGUGGGUGUUGGUGUUCAGUUGUCCCAUUUCCUCUCCUGUGCCCCGGUUCCAUUAAAAGCGAGUUGAUGCGAGUUUGUUAAAUGGUUGAGUUAGAAUGGAAGAACAAGGUCCUGAAUCUAUGCCUUUCAAAAUUACUCAUCCUAAAGGGAUAAUUCACCUUUUUUAUUUCCCUGUACAAGAGCUAUGUGUAGUCACCUUUUACCUCUCAGCUGUACAUUGCAGAGCCUCAAGAGGGGUCUUACAGGGUCCCUAAAUUAAAAUUUAAACUUGGUUUAGGCUACUGACGGUAGUCACAGUCCUGACAGUGAAAUGAAGGGUUGGUAUUUGUGAUGCACUUUUUAGUACUUUGGCAUCAACCUGUCUAGUGUAUCACUAUAUAUACUUACGGUUCUUACAGGUCUUUAAAGAAUGAUCAAGUGCAAAGCUGAGUGUGUAAAAUGCCUACCAAUGUUGCCCUGUGUGUUUCAAUGGGAGUAGAGACUAUACGGAACUUUCACUUUCUUCUGUCAGAUUUUUAGUAAUUCAGUUAUUUUCUUUCUUGUAGUUCAGUUAGAAGAUGAGAUGCUAAUGAAUUGCCAACUGAUUUUAGAAGAGAAUUCUCUGCAUCUUUUGUGGAUGCAAUAAAAUAAUUGGCAUUAUUGAGCCUGCUAAAACCUUUAUUUCUAGGAAAAGUAAUACAGGAGAGUGUAUUGCUCUAGUCUAUCCCUAAAUGGAAAACUUCUUUCUGAAAUUGUGACCAUUUUUGGCAUUUUGCUACAUGGAUGCUUCUCUUGUGUGAAAAGAGACGGCUUUAUUACUUUGUUUAUAGGAUGAAAUAUCUGUGUAAUUAUUAUUAUCUGAUAGAAUAAUUUACAGUUUGAUUUUAGAGUGAAAUGGGUCUGUAGUAUUGUCUGCUCUCCUCUGGCACCCUUCGUUCUACCCUUUGCAGAAAAUUCCUGGAUGAGCUCUCUUGGGACCCUGCCUGAGCCCUUCAGUCUCCUUUGUACUCAAGUUGUAAGUUAUCUGUGCCAAAAUGACUCUGCAGGAGUGCGUCACCAUCUUCCUUCAGACCUCCAGUGUCUGCUGGUGGGGAAGAGCCAUGUUGCUGAAGAUCACCUUGUCUUCUGGAAGCAGAAACACAUUGAACAGAUGAAUCCCUUCAGCCAGACAUUCCUCCAGUAGAUCUCUUUCUCCUGAUGGAGCACUCAGGCAGGGAGGAGAUGGACUUGAAAGAGGAAAAUCCUCAGGUGUGGACUGAGUCUGCAGCACAGGAACAGAACAGUGCUCAGGUGCACUUUGUCCCCGAGGGUGGGGCAGUGGCCCAGAUCAUGUACAGUGACGAACAGGAGCGCGGCCCCGCACAGCAGGUGGUUUACACAGCUGACGGCACCUCCUACACCUCUGUGGACACCUCGGAGCACACCCUCGUUUACAUCCACCCCGUGGAAGCUACGCAGACUCUGUUUACAGAUCCGUCCCAAGUGGCUUAUGUCCAACAAGAUGCUACCACCCAGCAGGUAACAGUGCUCUUGCCUGCUGCUGCUCAGAGCAUGAAUCCCACCAACUUGUCUGUGCUUGGCAGCGUUGCUGACCCCCCCCAGCCAGUGACUCUGGAGCAGGGGCCACAAACAGAUAGAGCAUCAUUACCGGUGCAUAACCAGGUGUUACCUCCUAUGGAGGCUGUGGAGGGUUCUGAUCCUUUAGCACCUUUGCAGAAUCAAAUGGAAAGGAUAGAAACAAAAGAGGAAGAUGAUGAGGAUGAAGAUGAGGAUGAAGAUGGGGAAGACACUGACAUGGAUGAAUGGGAUCCAGAUCCACCUCGACCCUUUGAUCCAAAUGAUUUGUGGUGUGAAGAGUGUAAUAACGCACAUCCUUCAGUGUGUCCAAAACAUGGACCUUUGCAUCCCAUCCCAAACCGGCCUGUGCUGACCAGGGCAAGGGCCAGCCUUCCCCUGGUGCUCUAUAUAGACAGGUUUUUGGGAGGUGUGUUCUCCAAAAGGCGUAUCCCGAAGCGUACACAGUUUGGGCCUGUGGAAGGACCCCUGGUCAGACAGACUGAGCUCAAAGACUGCUAUAUCCAUUUGAAGGUUUCUCUUGAUAAGGGUGACAGAAAAGACAGAGACUUGCAAGAAGACCUGUGGUUUGAACUUUCCAGUGAGGCUCUGUGUAACUGGAUGAUGUUUGUGCGUCCAGCUCAAAACCACCUGGAGCAGAACCUGGUGGCCUAUCAGUACGGCCACCACAUUUAUUACACCACCAUUAAAAAUGUGGAGCCCAAGCAGGAACUCAAGGUGUGGUAUGCUGCCUCCUAUGCUGAAUUUGUGAACCAGAAGAUCCAUGACAUAACUGAGGAGGAAAGGAAGGUGCUCAGGGAGCAGGAAAAGAACUGGCCGUGUUAUGAGUGCAAUCGGCGUUUCAUGAGCUCGGAGCAGCUCCAGCAGCACCUCAAUUCCCAUGAUGAGAAGUUGGACUUCUUCAGCAGAGCCAGAGGCCGAGGUCGUGGGCGAGGAAAGAGGAGAUUUGGACCAGGCAGACGCCCUGGGCGACCUCCCAAAUUCAUGCGCAUGGAAGUAACCAGUGAAAAUGGUGAAAAGUGUGAAGAAGGGACACAGGACUUGCUGCAUUUUUCCAGCAAGGGGCAGUUUGAUGAGGCUGGACAAGCCCCACUGAAUGGGCUGGAGCAGCAGGAACAGACUCCAGUGCCACCAGAGCCACAAGCAGCACUGGAGCAGCAGGAAAACCACAUACUCCACGUCCAGCCGCAGCACGAGGGGAGCACAGUGCCCGCACAGAGCACCAUGACAGCAGAUGACAUGAGGCGAGCAAAGCGCAUCAGGAAUGCAGCUCUGCAGCACCUGUUCAUCCGGAAAUCCUUCCGCCCGUUCAAAUGCCUGCAGUGUGGGAAGGCCUUCCGGGAGAAGGACAAGCUGGACCAGCACCUGCGGUUCCAUGGGCGGGAAGGGAACUGCCCUUUGACCUGUGACAUCUGCAACAAGGGCUUCAUCAACAGUGGUGCCCUUGAGAGCCACAUGAAGUUCCAUAUGGACCAGAAAACAUACUCCUGCAUUUUCUGCCCUGAGUCCUUUGACCGCUUGGAUCUGCUUAAGGAUCACGUGGCCAUCCAUGUCAAUGAUGGCUAUUUCACCUGCCCCACCUGCAAGAAACGCUUCCCAGAUUUUAUCCAGGUCAAGAAACAUGUGCGCAGUUUCCAUUCUGAGAAGAUUUACCAGUGUACAGAGUGUGAUAAGGCUUUCUGCCGCCCUGACAAGCUGCGACUCCACAUGCUGCGGCACUCAGACCGUAAAGACUUCCUGUGCUCCACUUGUGGCAAGCAGUUCAAGAGGAAGGACAAGCUGCGAGAGCACAUGCAGAGGAUGCACAACCCAGAGAGAGAGGCCAAGAAGGCUGAUCGGAUCAGCCGCUCUAAAACCUUCAAGCCUCGGAUUGCGUCCACUGACUAUGAGAGCUUCAUGUUCAAGUGCCGCCUCUGCAUGAUGGGCUUCCGCCGCAGGGGCAUGUUGGUGAAUCAUUUAUCAAAGAGACAUCCAGACAUGAAAAUAGAAGAGGUGCCAGAGCUCACGUUGCCCAUCAUAAAACCCAACAGGGAUUACUUCUGUCAAUACUGCGACAAGGUGUACAAGAGUGCCAGCAAACGCAAAGCACACAUCCUGAAAAACCAUCCUGGUGCUGAGCUACCUCCAAGCAUCCGGAAACUGCGUCCUGCAGGCCCAGGAGAGCCAGAUCCCAUGCUAAGCACCCACACCCAGCUGACAGGCACCAUUGCCACCCCUCCAGUGUGCUGCCCUCACUGCUCCAAGCAAUACAGCAGUAAGACAAAGAUGGUGCAGCACAUCCGCAAGAAGCACCCGGAGUUUGCUCAGCUGCCAAACACAAUCCAUGCACCACUGGCAACAGCCGUCAUCAGUUCCACACCGGCUGUUCUCACCACCGACAGCACGACCGGAGAAACUGUUGUGACAACAGAUUUACUGACCCAAGCAAUGACGGAGAUAUCCCAGACCCUCACUACAGAUUACCGGACUCCCCAAGGAGAUUACCAGCGCAUCCAGUACAUCCCUGUGUCUCAAUCCACAACUGGCUUGCAGCAGCCACAGCACAUACAGCUGCAGGUUGUUCAAGUGGCCCAGGCUACCUCACCUCAUCAGUCCCAGCACUCCACAGUGGAUGUUGGGCAGCUCCAUGACCCCCAGACAUACACCCAACAUGCCAUCCAGGUGCAGCACAUCCAGGUCACAGAGCCAUCACCAGCAACUCAGUCAUCAUCACAGGUUGGGGGUCAGCCUUUGAGUCCUUCCUCGCAACAACCUCAGCAGGAACUCAGUCCCUCACAGAUGCAGACAACUACAUCUACACCAAACCAAGCCCUCCAGCAGCAGCAAGGCUCCUCAGUCCAGCACACAUAUCUCCCCAGCAACUGGAAUUCAUUUCGGAGCUACUCAUCAGAGAUUCAGAUGAUGACCAUCCCACAAGGGCAGUACGUGAUCACAGAGACUGCUGUGGGUACCCCUGUCACCAGUGUUAAUGCAGGGCAAGUGAAAGCAGUUACUCAGACUCACUAUGUGAUAUCUGAAGGUCAGCCUGAUUUGGAUGGUAAACAAAACUCUUCACUCUCCAGCGAGGUUCAGGUGGGCAUUUCCCAGCCCACAGCCCACACGGAUCCCUUGGAAUCCCAGACAAGCAACCAGCAGCAAACCACCCAGUACAUCAUCACAACCACCACCAAUGGGAGUGGCGGGAGCGAAGUGCACAUCUCCAAACCCAGGACUUUCUCAGCAGAGCAUGAGUGAAAGAGCCUCAUGGUACCAUUUGCUGGUCCUUGUCCCCUCCCUGAAAGCCCAGAUGUGAGGGUACCCUGGGGCUCUAUAUGUUUUAAUGUAUAUGCUCACCUUCCACUAAAAUCUUGGAGCUCUUGUUAAUGCUUUAAGAGGGUUCACUGUGACCAUGAAAUGCCCCCAAAAUCCUUCUGGGAUGCUUUUAAUGCAGCUUUUAAGAAAAAGGACAAGAAAAAUGAAACCUCUGCUGGCCCUGGACUUUAUUUUUGGCAUGUCUGCUGACCCUUAUUUUUCCUUUAUGUAAGCGCGUCCAGAAGACAAUUUUAUUUCAACUCUAUGGGAAAAAGCUUGCCUAACUGAAGGCUUCCUGGCAGAUUGUCAUAUGUAUAUUUUUAACAGGAGCCAUUAAACAGGAGACCAUAAUGUAAAUUACUAGAAUAUGGCAGAACUGCUUCUUGUGGCUUCUAGCAGCCAAGGUGAAAGGGAGUGUCCCUGUGCCAUAUGAGCAGAAUGCCUGCAGAAAGGAGCAGCAGCAGCCAACCAGUGGCUCCUGGUGUCCCCAUAUGGGGAUUGGAUUGAACAAUGAAGCUGUGAAGAUGUGCCGAAGCAGUCUAUUAAAUUAUUAUUUUUCCAGCCCUCCAAAACUGUUUACAUGCUGUCUGCCCUGCCGUGUUUUACCCAGCAGUUCCAGAAAGCAGGAAAAGCACAGUCUUAAAUCCAUGUUGUUUGGAACAAACUGAUUGAAAUGCCAGGAGCACCUAAGGGGUAGUACAGAGCCACCGUUACUUCUUUUCCCUCCAGUGUUUGCCAGGAAAAUUGCUUUUUUGCCUGUAAACAAAGAAAAAAAAAAAAGGCUCAGCUAAACUUGCACAGCAGCUUCUGCUGUGAUCUAAGAUAGUUGUGCCAGGAAAAAAACGAGGAUACACAGCACUCCUCUGAAGGGAAGAGGUCGUUAUCUCUGUGGCCACCUCAAAGUAAACAUAUUUCUCCUCUUCAAAACUGGAUGGAGAGUUGGUUACUUUGAUUUUUAUUUUUUUUUGAUUUUUUUUUUUUAUUUUCCAAAAAACCUUGUUAACAAUGCACUGUAAUUCCUUUGGACAGUUCCAGAAAACAAAUAGCCCUGGACUCAGGAAACACACAAGAAAUGUACUAGUGGACCACUAUUUAUGGGACAUGGAAAGCUAUCUAUAAGGGUUGCCUGGUGUUAUGGACCUGGUCUACAUACAGAAUUCAUGUUGCAUUUAGGGACCAGGAGAAAGGGAAAGAGAAGGUUUAUCUUUUAAGGCCAUGUAAUAUGUUUUUCCUUACAUGGUUCUCCUUCACAGGUUGUCUUGGUUGGUUGUUCAAGGCAUUCUGGUGAUUUCAAGAACAUGACUAGAACUCCAUUGACUCCUAAUGGGAUAUACCAUGUAUGUCUGAAUUUCCAUUCAUUGCUGUAAAACUCAUCCCAGAACAUCUGUGCAUAACAGGAUACAUUUAUUUAUAAAACAAAUGCAAAGAAGUGUGCUGUGUCUUAAAGGCCCUUGAGACAUAAGAACUUGAGAGUCUUGUUUUUUUGAUUUGUUCUCUCUUGUACUGCACUGAGUGUGAAUGUGGGACUCUUCCAUAGGUAUUCCCAUGGAUUCAGGUGUGGAUUACCCAUGUUAUUAGGCACUACAUAUUGCAAUAUCAGGUUUUAUGGAAUUAAAGCUCUUUGACAUGAGAGAGAACUCCACGCUCAGGCUGCACAAGAGCAAAUGUUGUUCCUUGUGGGCAAAGCCUUGUAGCAGGUAUUGCUUUGGUAAUUAAUGUAUCUAAGUGGGCUGUGGAUAAUGUGACAUGGAAAUAGUAUUGAGAUAAAUCAGUUGGCAAAUACUGGCCAGCUCAGAACUGUUCUGAGGUCACUUUGAAGUGACUUGCCAAAAUGUGGAUUACUUUGUUCCUGGGCUUUCUCUUCUCUUGCUGUACCACCAUACUGCAGCACUAAUGAACCAGGUAGAAUUAACAUGGACCAGAGCUCCCAUUUGGUCAAGUGCAAUGAGUGACCUUAAAUUCUGUGGAUUUGGCAGCCCAGCCACUGUGGCAGUGUGGGCAAGCAACCACAGUGCCCAGUAAGUAAUCUGAAUUCAUGUUGCCAAGGACUUUAGAAUUACAGUGUUUGGCCUUGCAAUGUUGUUCAUGUGGGAAGAGAGUAGGGAGAAUUUUGUCUUGGCUUUCUUCAGGCUGCUGCUGAUUUAAUAACAAGCCAGAAAUGCUACAAGUAGCAGGAAAAUAGCAGACUUGGAAAUGGGAGACAGGGAAUACUUGGGAUACUGCUCUGCAGGAGUAAUUAAGACUCUUAAAAGUUUGACAAUAGCUGAACAUCAAAUAUGUUCCCAUUAAUGAUGUUGCAGAUGUGGGAUUUAAAAACUAUUUUGCUCUAUUCACCUUUGAUGUAAUGGUUCAUGAAUGAGGACAGUUGUACCAGUUAUUUAAAACUGAAAACUAUUUAAAACAGAAAACCAUUUUAAAACACCCUUUUUGAACUCAAAUAUUCCUCAUCAAAGUUUCUCUGCACUGCAGCAGCAGCAGCACACUUGGGCUAUUGGCCUGAUUCCAGGUGAAGUAACUCCUGGUGUCCCAAGUUGAAUGAAUUGCCUGCAAAAGAAGCAUGCCUGGAAAUGGAAGUACCACAGAUUUUCCUUCCAAAAUAAGGAACUACAGUGAUUGCACAGAUGGCAAAGUUUGCACGGUUUUUUUUCUCCACUUCUGCAGUGCAGAAGGUACAGGAUGUAUUAUUGUAUUUAAACCAGAGCAAUCCAAAGAUCUAAGUUAUGUCCCACAGAAGUGUAAAUCCAGAGUCCUCUCAGUUGCCUGCAAGGUCUGUGUUUUGUUUGGAGAUGCUGUCCCUUGGAGGCAUUUUGGGUCAGAUUCUGUAUUUUCUUGGAGGAAAAAAAAACAGCCUGCGCAACCUGAUCUUGCACCUCUUGGACUGCUUGGGCCGCACCUAUUACUUAACUGUGUAUGUUUAUUGUACAUUUGGUGACUGUUGUUGUGUUCAGAGUCUCGUGCAACCUGGCAGGUGUAAAGAAAAAAAAACAAAAAAACAAACCAACCUGAAAAGAAUAAAUCUGUUUCUCUUUUUUUUUU